AUGGCGGAAAACGGUCAUGAGCCAACAAUCAAGGACGUCAUGAACUUUAUGAGAACCAUGGAUAACAGGUUAGCGGCUCUUGAUGUCAAAUUAAAUGCAAUAGAUUCAUUAGAGAAGAAAGUGUGCGAGUUCGAGAAAGAACUUAAGAAAAUAUGGGUUGCUCUUGAAGAUAGGGUGAAGCGUACAGACGCGCGCGUGUUGGCGCUUGAGGAAAAGGUGGAGUUGGUUGAUGUUGGGGCAACGAUAGUGGCAGACAGGCUAGUUCAGUUAGAAAAGGAGCGUAACGAGCUCCGGGAUGACUUUGUUUAUUUGAAAUCGCAGUCAAUACGUAAUAACUUAGUGUUUAUGAAUAUCCCGGAAGACAACUCAACAGGAAAUGAGCCGCCCGAAGUCACAGAGCGGAAGCUCCGCGUUCACAUAGAAGAAACACUUAAGGUCGCCAAAGAAACCGCUGACACCAUACGUUUCGAGCGUGUACACCGCGCGCCAGGAUAUUCGGUUCACGGCAAAGUGCGAAAUAUAGUCGCAAAAUUUACCUUCUUCAGGGACAGGGAACUAGUGAGGAAACAAUGGAAACACCUUACAGGUACAAACUACCAAAUGCACGAGCAGUUUCCACCGGAAGUGGUAGAGAAGCGGCGCAAACUGGUUCCCCAGAUGAAAGAUGCCAAAAAGGAAGGUAAACGUGCGUGGAUCGCAUACGAUACGUUGUAUGUCGACGGCAAUCCGGUACGUCCCUAG